AAUACGUCAGGCUCUCUGACAUCAUCAGUGUGUGUCAGGUGACAAAACAGAAGGAGAGAGGAGACUUCCUGGAUGUGUGAUGGAUUAAAAACCAGAGAAAACAUUUUAAUAAGAAAAAAUCAGCGAAGGGAAGUAUGGAGGAUGAUGAACUUCCGCCAGAGGCUGUGCUGGGUGUGCGUGGCGCUCUUCCUGCUGCUCAGCGUGUUUUUGGUGUAUUUCGUGUUUGAGGUGCAGCGCUUCAGUUCUGAGCACGUGCAGAAGGCAGCGAGCGGCUCGUCGGCGCCGCCGGAUGUCAGCUGGUCUCAGAGUUUUGGCGCCCGGCUGGCUCCGCUUCCUGUGUGGAUGUGGGCGUGGCUGUUCCUGCUGCCGUACCUGCAGCUCUUCCUCUUCCUGUUCUCGUGCACGAGGGCGGACCCUCGCGCCGUCGGUUACUGCGUACUUCCUGUCUGCCUCGCGCUGCUCUGCAGCCGCCGCCACGCGGUGAGCAAGCCGUCCAAUCACAGCGGGCCGCUCAUAGACACGUAGAUGGGCAGGGCCAUCGCGGGACGCCACCGCUGACUGAACUGUUUGUGAUGUCACUUCCUGUGUGCCUUUGACAGAAUCCUGCUCUGUGAUUGGCUGGAGCAGCAUCAGUACUGUUGCUAUGCUAACCGGUAGCUAAGCUGUUGAUCGAGCCAAUCAGAGGGCAGUAUUCUCUGCGACUACUUUUCUGUAAUAUCACGAGUCACAUGACGUACACUGUUUCCAUGACAACUUUAUUCUGUCAAUAA